UGCUCGCAUCUCUCCUCAUCCUCCGCCCUCCUCCUCCUCCGGCUCUUGUUUUCUUUUUUUUCCCCAUGGUGACUGGUGCGGUGUGUUCAGGAGGCACAUGCUCUGUCUGUGAGCUUUUAUUUUUUAUUUGAUGUUUGGGGACUCUCAAGGUCGAGCCGGGCAUCCUGACUUUUAAAUGACCACCAUGCAACAACCACCGGUGAUAUAACGUUAAGACGGCUCGUCUCCACACGGCAGCUCCACCACCGCCGCUGCCCUUCAGCCAGUCCUCUCCAGGGAAAACUACCACCACCUGCCGACGCCUCUCGCACCAUAUGACCGUCUCAAAGAUGACAUGGCGUCCUCAGUACCGCAGCUCCAAGUUCCGCCACGUGUUUGGUAAGGCCGCCACCAAGGAGAGCUGCUAUGAUGGUGUGCCAAUCACACGCAGCGUCCAGGACAACAACUUCUGUGCUGUCAACCCACGUUUCCUGGCAGUCAUCACUGAGUGUGCAGGGGGAGGGGCCUUCCUGGUCCUCUCUAUCAAUCAUACAGGUAAAGUGGAUCCUCUCCACCCCCGAAUAUCGGGCCACAGAGGCAACGUGUUAGACGUCAAAUGGAAUCCCUUCAACGACUUCUGCAUCGCCUCCUGCUCUGAGGACACAACAGUGAAAGUGUGGGAAAUCCCUCCUCAUGGUGUGCUGAAGAACCUCACAUCACCAUGGAAGGAGCUUCAGGGUCACAGCCGCAGAGUGGGCCUCAUUGAGUGGCAUCCGACUGCUAACAACAUCCUCUUCAGUACAGCCUAUGACUUCCAGGUGAUGAUCUGGAACCUAGACUGUCCAGAGCAGGUGAUGAAAAACCCCGUGCGGACAAUCAGCCACCACACAGACGUCGUUCUCUCCAUGUCUUUCAACACAGACGGCAGCCUCCUCGCCACCACCUGCAAGGACAGGAAGGUCCGACUCAUAGAGUCACGCUCAGGAAACCUACUGCAGGAAGCCAACUGCAAGAAGCACAAAGCCAGCAAGGUGCUGUUCCUGGGUAACAUGAAGAUGCUCUUCACAUCAGGCACUUCACGUUGGAACGACCGACAGUUUGCUCUGUGGGAUCAGGACGAUCUGUCUGUGCCUUUGUUAGAAGAGAACCUGGAUGGUUCGUCUGGAGUCCUUUUUCCUUUCUACGACCCAGACACACAUAUGCUGUACCUUGCGGGGAAGGGUGACGGAAAUAUGAGGUACUAUGAGAUCAGCUCAGAAAAACCGUAUAUCCACUACCUAACAGAGUACCGCUCAAACCUACCUCAGAAAGGAAUGGGCGUGAUGCCAAAGAGAGGUCUGGAUGUGAGCUCCUGUGAGGUGUUCAGGUUCUACAAACUGGUGACAAUCAAGAGUUUCAUUGAGCCUCUUUCCAUGAUCGUACCCCGCAGGUCUGAGUCAUACCAAGAAGACAUCUAUCCAAUGACGGCUGGUAACAAGCCUGCUUUGACUGCAGAGGAGUGGCUCAGCGGCAUAGAUAAAGGUCCGGUGCUGAUGUCUCUGAAGCCAGGUUGUCAAGUAGCAGAGUCAUACUCAGAGAUGAACAAGGGACUGGGAAACUCACUGGACACUCGCAGGUCUCACAGCAGACCAGGCGCCCUGCAACUGGCAUACAUUCAGGACCAACUGGGAACCAAAGACGGCAAGGAGGACAGCGGUAAUACGGAGGACGACAGGAGUCGGAUUCCUGUCAGCAACGGAGAAGACCUCGCGCUUUGCUCUCCGCCCAGGACUGAGAAUGAGCUGCGUCUGAAGUUCCACAAGCAGCAGGAGGAAAUCCGACGGUUGAGGGAGCUCCUCAACCAGAGGGACGUGCGUGUCAAACAGCUGGAGCUGGAGAUUAAGAACAUCAAAAACUCCCAGUCUCACCAGAGCUCACCUUAAGACUUGUCUGACCCAUGGGGGUUACCUUCACCCCCUCGUGGAACACGUGCAUUACUGUACAAACUUCCUAACCCCAUCUUCACACCACCACACCUCUUCUUAAGGUCCUGACUCACCUCUUAUCCUUUAAUGAGCCCACUACUCACUGCACAGGGGUGAUUUUAAACCUCAACUUUGUGUUUUCUUUCAGUCGGGUGCACAUAUUCUUUGUUCAUAUAAAUACACUCAAACACAUUCUCACCCAGCUGUAACACGAUUUAAAACUCUUUGCACCUGUCGACCUUCACCCUGUUUCUUUUUUAUGCUUCACAGCUAUGCAAAUUAAUUGUAUUUUUUAGCUUUUUUAUGCUCUUUGUAGCUCAGAGAUGAAAAAGGAUGUCUGUGCCUGUCUUGACUGAAUGAUGGGGCUGUCUGCGUGUUGUUUAAAAGUUGUUGCAGGGCAGGAGCAGACAUCCUGUGCGAUAACGCUAAUUCUUUUUUUUUUUUAUGCUUCGUGAUUGUUUUUUGUUUUAAAUAUUUAAACUACUGUAAGUGGAGAUGGCUGUGGUGUUUUAAUGUAUGUGUGCGUGAAUGAGAGUGAUCUAAAUGAAUGACAAUAUCAUUCCAGCUGUGUUGUUGCGUUCCAUUGAGCUGCAUUUGUUUUUAUUUUUGAUGACUGGAAAAUUUACUGGAAAAUUGGCGAAUAAUCAACCCGUUUUACAGCA